CCAGCAAGCGGUCCACGUCCACAGCAAACCUCAAACAGGCAGAAGCUGCUGUGAGCAAACGUUUGUCAUCGUCUGCAGCACUUCUGAACACUUCUGAUCGAAGUACCACAAAGAGAAGUGCCUCAUUAAACAGACUGAAUAACAAGGUUCCUCUACAGUCUCAGCAGUCAGCACCCAAAGGGUCGCAGGUGGAACAGAAAGGAGGAACAGAAAAGAAGAGGAGCACAUCUUUGAAUAGAAUGAGUAGUAAACCCCCUUCCACUCCUGAACUAGAAAAAGUGAAAAAGGAAGAAAAAACAGCUCGUCGCGCCCCGGUCAGUCCUCUGGACAGUAGCGUAAUCAGUCGCCUCCUCGCCCCCACACAGGCCUCCCUAGCUAGGAGCAAAAGCGCGGCCACGUUGUCGGCUGAUGGACAAGACCCCUCAGAAUCUUACCUCUGUCCUCGUUCAGCUUCAGCCAGUUCCAUCAAUUCCCCAGUCCCAACUCCCAAGGUGCCCGUGCGCAGCCGUAGCAUCGACAGAUUGAAGUCCACUGUAUCCUCAUCUGAUGCAAGCUCACCUGAUUCAACACAGAAGUCAGAGGCAGAAAAGCUGUCCCCAGGUUCUAGGGUGAGACGUCCUCCAUCACCAUCUGUGUCUGCCCGUAGAAGAUCCCCUUCUCCUGCUAAUUUGGUGAAGCGUCCUCCAUCGCCUUCCACAGCUAGCAGACAAAAUCAGAAGACUCGCCCGCUUUCACCUAGCAUAUCAAAGCAGAGGCCACCAUCUCCCACUCCAGUCUCCAAGCCAGCGCCCAUCCAGCGCCCACCUCUCACGCCAGGUGUAAUAAACUUUACCAAAAAGAAAACUGAAGCAGAGAACAAACCAAAGGAUAAGAGCGCAGAAGGAGCAGGGCAAGAGCAAGGUGCUUCACCAGCCUCAGACAAGGAUGCAGUAGCUCCUGCCGCAAAGACCAAAGAAGAAUCAGGUAGCAAAACUAUAGCAGGGACCACCACAGCUGAAGAAGCUGCAAAAAUCUUGGCAGAGAAACGACGUCUAGCACGGGAGCAACGAGAGCGUGAAGACCAGGAAAGAAUUCAGAGACAGGAGGAGGAAAGAAUCAGAGAAGAAGAAAUGGCCAAGAGAGCAAUUGAAGAAAAAGCACGACGGGAAGAGGAGCUUCGCAGACUGGAGGAGGAAAGAAGACUGGCUCAUGAAGAGCAGCAGAGACAGGCUGAGGAGGAGAGGGUUCGCCGGGAGCAGGAGGAGCAGGAAAAGCUUGCAGAGCUUCAGCAGCAGAGAGAAGAAGCCGAAGCAAAAGCCCAGGAAGAGGCUGAGAGACAGCGGCUGGAAAGAGAGAGAAUUAUGCAGCAAAACAUGCAGGAAAGGCUUGAAAGAAAAAAGCGAAUUGAAGAAAUAAUGAAAAGAACACGAAAAUCGGAUCAAAAUGAAUCAAAGUUGCAGAAUGAAGAGAAGUCUGCCUCCGAAGUCAUCGAGGGAGAGGAUAUUGAAGAGGAGGAAGAGCUGGGUCUCGAGAAGAGUGAUGAACCAGGAAAGCUAAAUGGUGUUGGCUUGCCCCAGGAAGUCAAGCAGGAGUCAGAAAGUUGUUCAGAGAUUGCAUACAGCUUGACCUCUACAGAAUCUGAGGUCCCAGAUGGAUUCGAAUUGAAGCCCAGUGAAGUAUUUAUGAAUGGAAGUGACUUGAAAAGUGAUGAGGGAUCUCUGCUUGUUACUGAAUUAAAGGAUUCCAGCCAUCCUGCAAAAGAAAUGAUUGUUGAUGACUCAGUAAUGUCGGGUGUUAAUGAAGCUGUUCAUACGGUUGGACUUAUUCAGAAUCUUAAUGGAAAAUCCAGUUCAUGGACUUUUGAGGAGUUUAUUGACGUUGGAAUGCAUUCCAAGUCAACCAGGCUGAGUUCGGACAGCAUCCCUGCUGAUAACUGUAAUCAAAACUUGAAUGAUGCUGCUACAAUUCCUUCUAGUCCUAAACUGGUAUUUGAGGAAGAUGGUGCAGUGAACCCAUUGACCAAACCUAUAGAUGCUUCAUCAGGUAAUCCGAGCUGAUUUCCUCCUCUAUCUCCUCCUCUGCCUAGGUAAUUCACUUUCUUGCAAUUUACUCUCCUUGCCUUAACUUCAGCUUCUUAUUUUCAAGGCACUUUUCCGCAGUGUGUAGGCUGGAAAGAAAGCUCUGCCUUUAGUGCUUGUAACUUGCAUUCUGUCACUAUGAGUCACCACCCGAUGCCUUCUUAGGGACCUGCUUUAUACUGUGGCUAAAGCCCAACAUUAAGGCUUUUCCAAAGACACAACUAAAUGCCCAUGAAGCUCCUGUAGCUCUCACCAGCACUCAAGCCCCUCUCUCAUAUUUUAGGCUUCUUCUGAAAAGUCUUAAAUGACACAUGUGACUUUUGAAGAUGCUAGCAGUUUAGCAGGUGUCUGAUGUAGCUCUU